CUUUGUAGAGGAGGAGGAGGAGGGUGAGAAAAAAGAGGGAGAGAGAGGGAGGGAGCGAGAGAGCAAGGGAAAGAGGCAGCGUUUGCAGGCAAUGUAAUUGACAGGGUUCGCAGUGGUGAAAUAAACACGCUUCAGCCAAGGCUCAGUUUUUUUUUUAUUGCACAAUUCUGACUCUUGACGCAUCGCCCGCACAGCGCACAGACCUGAUUUCGAUUAUUUUCACCCGAUUAAUUCAUCCGUGUGAAAUUAUGUCCCGAUCGGCGCAGAUCCAGCCGGCAAGAUGAUGAUUUUACCAAGGAGAGGCUCAGAUCGUGUGCCCGACUCGGUGGUCUUGGUGAUCUUGGUGGUCGCCGCUUCUCUUGGUACCGUCUUCGCCAAGGAUACAGCCUUUGUGGAAGUGGUUCUGUUCGAGUCCAGUCCCAAUGGAGAUUAUACUACUUACACGACUGGCUUGCAGGGACGGUUCUCCAAAGCAGGAGCCACUAUCAGCGCGGAGGGGGAGAUCGUUCAAAUGCAUCCUUUGGGACUAUGUAAUAAUAAUGAUGAAGAGGACCUAUACGAGUAUGGCUGGGUUGGCGUGGUGAAGCUGGAGCAGCCGGAGCUGGACCCCAGUUGUCUCACGGUGCUUGGAAAGGCAAAGAGAGCGGUGCAGCGGGGAGCCACAGCCGUCAUCUUUGAUGUAUCUGAGAAUCCGGAUGCCAUCGACCAGCUCAACCAGGUUGCUGAGGAUCCCUUGAAGCGGCCGGUGGUUUACGUGAAGGGCAACGACGCCGUCAAACUGAUGAACAUCGUCAACAAGCAGAAAGUGGCCCGUGCUCGGAUACAACACAGACCACCGAGGCCCACAGAGUAUUUUGACAUGGGCAUCUUUCUGGCCUUCUUCGUGGUGGUGUCGUUGGUUUGCCUCAUUUUGCUCAUCAAGAUCAAAUUGAAGCAGAGAAGAAGCCAGAGCUCGAUGAACAGAAUGGCCAUCCAGGCUCUAGAAAAGAUGGAGACAAGAAAGUUCAAGGCCAAAGGCAAGGGACAGCGCGAGAGCAGCUGCGGAGCCUCUGAUUCGCUGAGCAGCAGCUCCACCUCUGACUGCGCCAUUUGUCUGGAGAAGUACAUCGAUGGUGAGGAGCUGCGGGUUAUCCCUUGUGCCCACAGAUUUCAUAAGAAAUGUGUCGACCCCUGGCUGCUCCAACAUCACACCUGUCCCCACUGCAGACACAACAUAAUCGAGCAAAAGAAGGGAAAUCCAGGACCGGCAUGCAUGGACCCCGGCAACCCAGUCCAUGGCAGGCAACGAGUGGUCCUGCCAGUUCAUUACCCGGGAAGGGUGCACCGUGCUGGUCAGGUGACAGCUUACCCAACUAGAACCAGCAUGGACCCGCAUGGCAACCCCAUCACUGUGCUCACUGUGGACCAGCACCCAGAUCCCCAAGGUCUGUACCCACCCCAAUCGACGUCGGCCUUUCUCCGGAGCUACCACCCCACUCUCCUAGAGCAUUCAAUCAACCCUCACCACUGCGGAUUAGAGCACCGUGGACCCCCUGCUUACCCUUCACAGCCUCAUCAUGUUACUUUUAAAAGACCUAAAAUCCAUAAUCGCAACUUCUCCCGGGCAGCCUGUUUUUCGCAGUAUGAAACCAUGUACCAGCACUACUACUUUCAGGGGCUGACUUUCCCUCAACCUCCUGAUGGUGGCCAAGGAUCUGCUGUGCCAGGGCAGCUUGGUGGAGGAGGGGUCCACAAGAGCCACCACAGCAGGGCUUUUCAGCAAGGGCUGUUGUACCCCACGGUGGUACACAUGGCACCUGCCUCUUCUUCAAGGAUAGCUGAUAACAGCAGCACUUCUGGCCUUAGCUGCUAUCACGGGCACCGCUCAGUGUGCAGCGGCUACCUCGCUGACUGUCCUGGCAGUGAUAGCAGCAGCAGCAGCUCUGGCCAGUGCCAUUGUUCCUCCAGUGACUCCAUGUUGGACUGUACUGAAGUCAGCAACCAGGGGGUCUACGGUAGCUGCUCUACUUUCCGCAGCUCACUGAGCAGCGACUACGAUCCUUACGUUUACCGGAGCAAGAGCCCGUGUCGGGGCUCCGGGGGGGAAGCGGGAGCUACGGCUUGCAACACAGUUUCAGCUGAGGACUCAUCUUCCCCUGCACCCUUGGGACAUGACUGCCUCCAGCUCCCAGCUGGAGCUUCGGGAUAUAACACAGGGGACCAUCUCUCCAACUGCAGUUUGGAGCCCAACUAUAGCAGUCGCUCAUCACUGGAACCCAGGGAGAACAGCAACAAUAGUACUACCUCAGCCGGGGCUUCAGAGGCUGCCGGAGGUGACAGGGGACAAGGGGCACAAGAGGAAUCGGGGGAGCUCGGGGCCGCAGCCUGUAGCUGCUGUUUUGAGGUGCUUCCGCCCAAUGUUGAGUGCAAAGGGCAGGACUUGGACCAAGCAGGGCAUCUUGCCUCCGAACGCUGUCACAGGGAAAUGGACUUCCAGGGGUCAACCUCCAAGAACUACUUUGCCUCUGAGCAAUUGUGCCCUUCCUCUGAGCAGGUGAGCUAUGAAGGGCUGCCUUGCUGCUUCUACAAAGAGAUGAAGGUCCACAGGGCCACAGCAGGGCGUUAUACUGAGGACUACGCUGUUAAUGUGCAGUAUGCACAUGCAGACUCAGAGGCCUGCUCAGGACAGGGCUGCUGCGAACUCAACCAGAGAAUACCCAUUAUUCCUGAGGACACAGAUUGUGAAUCGGGCACAGGGGCAGAGACCCAGAGCAGUUUAUUACCAGUCAGUGUCACAGUGGAGAUGGAGUUGCGGACAGGGGAGCAGCGUGAGCCCACGGACAGGUACUUCACCUCAGGACAGUUUAGAGGUCACCCAUACCCUCAAGAGGAGGAGACCAGGGCUUUGUUUCACCCUCAGCUCUCUGCAAGCCCCACUGCACUGGGAAGCAGUACUUCAACAUAUGAGGGAGGUUUGGGCAUAUGAACUUGAGUCCAGAAAUAAUGGGACAAUGUAUGUGGUACCGUGUCAGUCAAUCAUUGAAACCCUCAGUUGCCUUGUUCUAACCUUGCUCUCUGAGCACUGAAUGUUAUCAUCGUAGAUUGUGUGGAUUUCUACUGAAAUGGCCUGUCAUUUCUAAAUAUCUAUAUAUAUAUAUAUAUAUAUAUACACACAAUGUAUUAAGUUCAUUCCUGUGGCCACAAAUGAUACUACACACAUGGAUGGAGGUUGUUAACUGAAAAUUCAAUUGGGUUGGUAUUGGCAUCUAUUUGAAGACUUCCUGCUGCCAUGAAGGGUUUGCAAUCUGGGCCCAGUUUUUUUUUAAAUCUCAACUCAGUUUUGUUUUGGGUUUUUUUUUUUUUUUUUGGUGCCAGCUCUAGAAAUCUGAUAUUUUUUUCUACAUAAGUUCACUAUCUGCAUCUACAUAUACAUUUUGCAUAUUUGUGCACAUGACCACUGCCUUUAAAGCUUCAUCCACCAAGUCAAGUAGAUUUUAUGGACUUAGCUACCAAUACCAAAACAGAAAGACAUGAUUGUUGUUUUAUUUUAAACUGUUUUCAAGCAGGGAAAUGGGUCUUUCUAGGUAUCUGUGACCCACUCAUUUCUCCAUGGAGAAAAAAAGCUAUAUAUAACUACAGAAAAUUGCAUAGAAAUGUGAAUGCAAGGCUGACACUGGUCAAUAUACAGAAUUUGUUUUAUGCAUUGCAUUUCUGUCCAGUUGUGGCCUACCUGUAUGAGAGAUGCCAGAGCAACCUGGCAAGCCUUACGCUGGGCUGGGAAGCUAUUUGUAGCAAUAUCUAGACACUGCACAGGUUUUCGUUAAACUUCAGGCCAGAGCGAGUGUCUCGGGGUCAAUAGAUUCAAACGUAGAGUGUAGCACUCUACUUAAUGUUUGGAAGCCCUUAAAAGUGUAUUUUUUGUCACUUACCCAAUUUCCACAAUGAAACAUGCUCUAUUAAAUAUCUUUAAAGGUUCUAGCAUGUAUCAAAAGGCCAAAGGAAAGUAGCUGGAAAGACUCAUCUUUUAAAAGGGUUCCUUAUUUGUACUGUGACUUUUCUUUUUGAAUGAUGCAGUUAUAAGUACCGCAGUGUAUCCGUUUGAAUCGUGCUGUGCAUAAUACAUACUUGCGAUAUCAUUGCUUGUCAUUCAUGCCUUUCUGUUUGUCCUGCAGACUGUUUUUAUACUGUUUCUAUGAAAUAUACACAUUCUCUACACAGAGGAAAACCUGAAAUAACCCUAUUUAUAAGUUAACCCAGUGCUGUAAUCAAGUGAGAAUCUAAUCUUGCCUUUUGCAUAGAGAUACGUACCUACUGCAAAUAUAACAUUUUGGGGUACUUGAGUCACUAUUUAAGUUUUUUUUUGUUUUGUUUUUUAUUGUUUCUAGCACUUAAGAUUAAAAAAUGUGUACAAAAAUUAAUAUUUUUUAAGAAUAUAAUUAUUUUCUGUCAUUACCAUUACAAAUGUUUAAAAAAAGGCUAGAAAUCAAUCUGUGUAUAUUUCUGUACCUGUAUAGCAAACACAUUUCAUAAAUGGAAAUAUGUUCUCUGAAUAUUUAUUUACUAAUAUAUUUAUCUUUAAGCCAUGUCUUAUGUUCAGAGUGUAUGGACGUUUGAGUUAUUUGGUUGCUUUUUAUUUUGAGGAAAAUCACUAACAUGAGACUUGUAUAUACAUGGUAAUUGCACAAAAGACGAUUAAAUCUUCUCUGACCAAAAAACUGAUUUUAAAACUUUAGUACCAUACAGUUUUGUAAUUAAAGUGUAUAAAGAUAUGUAAAAUAUACAGUUUUAUUCAAGUAACUAAUGUUGUGGUGUCCUGCUUUUCAUCAUUUGCACUCUAUAUUAA